AUAUAGCCAGCAAAAGCAAAAGAAAUUUAAAUUAAAAAAAAAAGAAAAAAAAAAAGGAAAAAACAGGCGCUCCGACCAGAGUGUAUUUAUAUAUAUAUAUAUAUUCCUCAACAAAAAUCUACCAGUCGCAGAGAGCAAAUUCCAAAAAGGAAAGGAACAAUUGCAAUCUGCUUUGAGCUUUUGAAUCUCCUCUUCAUCUGGGAGUAAAGCACAACAACAGCCAUGGCUCCUCGAACCGCGGAAAUGGGUCUGAAUCUUCCAAUUCUCCCAAACGAAAUAGUCCUCAACAUCCUCUCUAGACUCCCCGCAAAGACCCUCUGCAGGUUCAGGUGCGUUUCCAAGCAGUGGAUGAACACCAUCUCAGAACCCCAUUUCAUAUUCUCUCACCGCCUUCACUCCCUUCAAAACCCAAAUCUUCUUCUGCUCAGAUGUUCCCCGGCCACCCAUGAAACCGACCUCCUUUUCCCGCAGAAGAAGUGCGUCAUCGACAUAUCCGCCACGGAUUUGUCUGGCCAAGUCGUCGAUGAAUUCUCUCUCACCGUCGCCGAAGCCUCUGUUGAUAUGUUGCCUUCGAGAGGUGAGCUUAUCUUCUUCGUUGGCGAAAAGGGUUUCUACGUUUGCAACCCCAGUACCCGGGAACUGGUCAAAUUGCCCGAGGCUAGUCACUGUACUUCUGGGGAGGUUAAUGCAGGUUUGGGCUACGAUCCGUUGAGAAAUGAGUACGUUUUGGUUCAUUUGUUUGAUAGAAGUUUGAAUGAUUUCUAUGACAUUAUUGGAUGCGAGAUUCUGAGGUUUUCGGAUGGUGGGGCUGUUGGUUCUUCUUGUUGUUGGAGGGUGGUGGAAGAAAUCUGCCCUUUUGAAGUUAGAGGUUGGGGGGUUUUGGCUGACAAUGCCUUCUACUGGAUGAUCUUCGAUACGUAUGACCAAUUGGGGAAUGAAGCAAUUUUGUGCUUUGAUUUGGAAAAGGAAGAGUUUGGCACUCUGUUGCCUCCCCAAGGCAUUUUUGAUCCCAAAGCGGUUUGGUUCUUGGCGGAGUUUAGAGGUUUCUUGUGUUUGGUUGACAAUGAGACCAGACCUUUCACAAUGGAUAUAUGGAUGAUGAAAGACAGACAAAAUCACCAAUGGGUUAAAGAAUAUAGCAUUGAUUUGAAUGGAUUCGGUGAUAUAAUGCCCAAGUUUAUUAUCCCUUUGGAUCAUAUGGAAGGGGAAAUAUUGAUGGAUGCUAAGCAAGAGAGUGUCAAUUCCUAUGAUAUAAAGAGCAGGAGUGUUAGAAGGAUGGACAAGCUGAUUCACGGGGGAUGGACUUGGCUACGUAUCCAUACUGAUAGUUUUUUCUCUCUAGGAAGUAGGUAGAUAGAUGUGAUUGUUAUCUUCUCAUUUCUACUUAAAAACUAUAGGAAAGUUGAGUUUGCUCUUCUACAAAUAUGAAUUAGCAUCUUACUUCU